AUGAAAAAUGCAUCCUGGGGAAGUGCCCUCGUUAACGGCGUGGGCUUGAUAUCCAACCUCAUGGCUUUGUACGCUGCCAACUUUGUCUACGAGAAUCCCUAUGCAACGGGCUUUGGUGGUCAUUUUCAGUAUUUGACAAUCCUUGGCCUUACAACAGCUACACUCGCAUGUGCUGUAAAGUUGGUACGCUUCUUUGUCCCUGGUGCAAUGGAAGUGUGCUAUGAAGUUUUGACAAACAUCGCUACACCGAUGGAAGGCCUUAUCAGCUUAUUGUAUUGGUCCAUGGUGUUUCUCGAGCCAACCCUGCUUAUUCCAGAAGACAUGCCUCCUAUUCCAGUCGUUGUUGAUUGUGCCCUUCAUCUUUAUCCGGCGCUCUUUUUAUGGAUCGAUUUCUUGGUUUUCAACAUUAAUUUCAAACGCUCGCCUCGACAUGUUGCUGUGAUAUAUGGGUUCGCUAUGUUUUACUUGGCUUGGUCAUGGUUAUGUCAAACACAAAAUGGACAUUGGCCUUACCCAUUUUUGGACAAGUUGACACCUGUACCACGAGCCGGCUUUUACCUCUUUUGCGGCACGCUUUGUUGGAUCAUUUAUGAAGCAGGUGCCGUGAUUCAUGCUAAAUUGCAUCAAUCAUCAAGCACUGCCGCUUACUACCGGAAAAUGAAGGCCAAGAAAUUAUAG